AUGUUCAGGUUAAGAGGUCUGCAGUCUGGUUUCGUCACUCUGCCCCGCCUCUCUCGUCUUGAUAGACAGUUUCAGGAUGGAGACAUCUGGAAGGGGUCACUACCAGACAGCAGUGGUAUCACACUGACGCGCUCUGACUCCCUCACCUCGUUCACUGUAGACCUCGGCCCCUCUCUCAUGACUGAGGUACUCAGCUUGAUUGACAACCCCAGCUGCCUUCACAUGUCCAAUCACAGCCAGGCAGCAGGUGAGAAAGAGGAAGGAGAGGAAGAGGAAGAAGAUGACAACGGCUCUCUAAUAGAGACGCCUGUGCAGAGCCCUGUGGUGACUUCACCCAGCUCUUCCAUGGGUAGCGGGUCAUGUAGCAGGAACAUGAACAACAGGGGCCGCUCAUGUAGCUCUGACAGGACAGAGCAGGAGGAGGAGAGGUCACUGAGUACACCUGAUGUAAGCAGUGGAUCUCCUCAGAGAGCUGAGCCUGUAAUGGAGGCAGAGAGGUUCCAGAGAGCAGCUGACGUUCUGUGUCGUCAUUACGGUGGAGGGUCCUUCACAAAGAGAACGAGGAUCGACAACACCACCACCUCCCCUGCUCUCUCCCACAGCUGCAAAACACCAUACGCCUUUUCUGAAGAGGAAGAAGAGAUCAAAGUGUAGAUGUUGAAACUCCAUCUGACAGAGGGCAGAAACUUCACUGACCCAGUUAAACUAUAAAAACUUUGCACUGAUCUGAGAUCUGGGCUGUUUCUGGUCAAAGAGGAUGAUCAUUGUGCGAUAUUUUGUUGUUCCUCUGUAAAAAAAAAAAAAAAAAAUCACAUGCACCUACAUGACAGCAUCACUUUGUCAUGACAAACUAUUAAUAAAAUAGUUGUAAUUUAAUCAGUAAUACUGAAAAGUGUAUCAAGUUUGUUCUAACUGCAUUAAUGAUACUCAUAACAGUUGACUGAAUAAACUGGGAAACAGUGAAUUUUGAAUGGACUGAUUUUUCUAUUUUUCCACUCUGUAUAUAAUCGGUCACUACAUCACCACAAUGCACAACAGCUAAAUGCAUUUUACAUUAUUAGAGAUAUUUUGUCAAAAAAUAUGAGUUUUCGGGGUGAAACUGAAAUUUGUCAUAAAACUUAUGUUUAUAGUAAACAAAUUAACAGUAAUCAGGAAUAACCUGUUUUAAAACUAAGACAGAUGUGCAAUUACAGCUGAUAGACUGAAGUCUUCAUACACCUCCAGCAUGUUUAUAGGAUUAUUUAUCAAGCUUUUAUCAGUUAGUUAAGAUUCUAAAAUGAGGGGGAAAAAAUGUUGCUGA